AUGGCCUCUCUUGUAGCAUUCAUGGGCCGGAAGCUGGAAAUUGAGAUCAUCCGUCUCCUCAAGAAGAAGAGGCUUGACCCUGAAUUUUCUGUACCCGACGAGAUUAAUGAACUUGAUAUCUUCAAGCGUGAUCCCUCUGAGUUGCCUGAACUUUCAAAGAUAAACUGCGAUGAACAAGCGUGGCCCUUUUUCUCUGAACCAUAUAAGAACGUAAAGGGUAAACAAGCCCACCUAACAAAUGGAAACUGGGAAAAAACAGGUAACGAUCGUGAAGUCAGGGAUAAAAGUACUGGCAAGGGAAUCGGUGGCAAAAAGAAUUAUGUUUACUAUAAACGUGGUGGUUUACCUAAGCAGAAGAUCAAGACUGACUGGGUUAUGCACGAGUACUAUGUUGAUGAUGACGACUCUCGUUAUAAGUGUUGA